CUAGAAAAUAUUUUUGGCACAAGGACAAACCGUACAAGGACUCAAAAACGAAAGUGAACUGGUUUCAUAUAAAGGGCUGUCAUCUCAUAACUGACGUUUUGUUCCCGGUUUGUCCUGUUGGGUUAAAGUGUGUCCAGCUGAUCCUCGAUUUCAAAUUGGCAAUUUCGUUUUGGGGACUACAAGAGCAGCAUGUCAGAAAUCGGUGAAAUCGAUGAAGGAUUCUACUCCAGACAGCUGUAUGUUCUGGGUCAUGAUGCGAUGCAUCGGAUGGGCACCGCCGACGUCCUCGUAUCAGGCAUGCGUGGUCUCGGAGUAGAAAUAGCCAAGAAUGUGAUUCUGUCCGGAGUCAAAUCUGUCACCGUCCAGGACGAAGGCCAGACAGUGUGGUCCGACCUGUCCUCCCAGUUUUUUCUGAAGGAGUCCCAUCUUGGUGAAAAUCGAGCCAAAUGUUCCCUACAACAGCUGUCCGCCUUAAACCCACAUGUGCGCGUGUCGGCCCACACUGGACCACUGAAUGAAGACCUGCUUCUGCAGUUUCAGGUGGUGGUCCUCACUGAUUCCUCACUGGAUGAUCAGAAACGCUUUGGCGCGUUUUGCCAUUUGCGUGGGAUCAAGUUCAUUGUAGCAGACACUAAAGGACUCUGUGGUCAGCUGUUCUGUGACUUUGGGGACGAGUUUGAGGUCUUGGACCAGGAUGGAGAGAUGCCUGCAUCGACAAUGAUCCAGAGUAUCUCCAAGGAAAAUCCUGGAGUGGUGAUCUGCACAGAUGACCAGAACCAUGGAUUUUCGGAUGGCAUUAAAGUUUCGUUCUCUGAAGUUCAAGGCAUGACCGAGCUGAACAGCAUCAGACCUGUGGAGAUCAAAGUCCUCAGCCCAUACUCCUUCAGCAUUGGUGACACUUCAGCCUUUUCUAAGUAUGAACGUGGUGGAGUAGUGACUGAGGUUAAACAGUCCUGCGUGCUCAAUUUUAAACCACUGAGCGAGGCUCUGUUGGAUUAUGAACUGCUGAAAAUGAAUGAUUUUGGUAAAAUAUCGAGACAUAAGACUCUGCACUUGGCUUUCCAAGCUCUCCAUAGCUUUGUGAAGAAAGAACAUCGACUCCCUCAUAUUCAGUCUCAGUCAGAUGCAGACACCCUGCUUGUUAUAGUGAGAGAGCUGAAUGCAGUCGCACAGCUGGAACAGCUAGAUGAAGCUGCUGUUCGACACCUGUCCUACACAGCCCAGGGCGACUUGGCUCCUAUCAAUGCUUUCAUUGGAGGCCUUGCUGCACAAGAAGUUAUUAAGGCAUGUUGUAGGAAAUUUACACCUCUUCGGCAGUGGCUAUACUUUGAUGCCCUUGAGUGCCUCCCUGAAGCGGAGGAUCCACAAGCAGAGUGCUCCUUUUCAGCAAAAGGCACAAGGUACGAUGGACAGAUUGCUGUGUUUGGACCAGCGUUCCAGGAGAAGCUUGAGAGGCAGAAGUAUUUCCUGGUUGGAGCUGGCGCUAUUGGCUGUGAGCUUCUCAAAAAUUUUGCCCUCAUUGGGCUUGGUGCAGGAGAAGAAGGGCAAAUCACCGUAACUGACAUGGACUUCAUAGAAAGAUCCAACUUGAACCGUCAGUUCCUGUUCAGGUCUCAGGAUAUAGGGAAACCAAAAUCAGAAGUUGCAGCCAAAGCAGUGCGAGAGAUAAACCCGCAGAUGAAAAUCACCGCUCAUCAGAAUCGUCUGGACCCUGACAGUGAAGGAGUGUAUGAUUACAACUUCUUUAUGGGUCUUGAUGGAGUGGCUGCCGCUCUUGAUAAUGUGGAAGCCAGGGUCUAUCUUGAUGGAUGCUGUGUUCAGCAUCAGAAGCCGAUGCUGGAGGGAGGAACUCUAGGAAGCAAAGGUCAUACGACGGUGGUAGUGCCUCACCUGACAGAGUCUUAUGGACCUGUCAAAUCAAGUUCUAAUAAAUCCAUCCCACUCUGCACACUCAAGAACUUCCCUCAUCGCAUUGAGCACACUUUGCAGUGGGCCAGAGACCAGUUUGAAGGACUGUUUAAACAAACACCUGAAAAUGUGAAUCUCUUCCUGAGAGAUUCAAGUUUUGUAGAGCGGACUCUUGGCCAUGGAGAUGCCGAGGCCCUGGAGGUUCUUGGGGGGGUGUGGAACAGCCUGUCAAACAUGAAAGAUGGAGGGCAACGGCCAACAAGCUGGGAGGACUGUGUGAGCUGGGCACGUCGCAAGUGGCAGACCCUCUAUAACAACGAUAUUUGCCAGCUUCUGCACUGUUUUCCUCCUAAACAGGUGACCCCUACUGGUCUACCCUUCUGGUCUGGAACCAAGAGGUGCCCUCACCCACUGACCUUUGACCCUAUUAAUAAUACUCAUAUGGACUAUGUGGUCGCAGCAGCUAAUCUGUAUGGGCAAAUCUACGGGAUCAACGGGACAAGAGACUGUGAAUCUAUCAGAAAAAUUUUAGAGAAAGUCCAUGUACCAUCUUUCACUCCCAAGUCCUCUGUGAAGAUUCCUCUCACUGACAAGGAGAUGCAGGAGGACAAAGAAAAGGAAAGUGAUGACGCAGAAAAGGCUCAACUUGAGGAGCUGAAAAGAAAGUUGGCAUCAUCUCUGAAAAGCUCAGCCAUGCAGACGUACCCCAUUGACUUUGAGAAGGAUGACGACAGUAACUUCCACAUGGACUACAUCGUUGCUGCUUCUAACCUGAGGGCAGAGAACUAUGACAUCCCUGCAGCCGAUCGUCACCAGAGUAAACUCAUUGCUGGAAGGAUCAUCCCUGCCAUAGCUACCACCACAGCUGCAGUAGCUGGCCUGAUGUGCCUGGAGCUUUACAAACUGGUGCAGGGUCACAAGAAGAUCAGCUCUUACCGUACAGCUUACAUCAACCUUGCUGUCCAGUACUUUGUUCUGUCCCAGCCGAGCCGGCCUGCACAAUUUACAAUCGCAGGAAACAAAUACACCCUGUGGGAUCGAGAUCUGAUUCAGUAUAUCAAGGAAAAAUAUAACUUGAACAUCUGUAGCCUCUUCUACGGAACAGCUGUCUUAUACACUGGGCAAAAGGAGAGGCUUGGGCAGAGUGUGUCUGAUGUGGUGAGAAUGGUAACCAAAAAAGACAUCCCUUCACACAAGAAGAUGCUGGAUUUGAUUCCCUCAUUUGAUGAAGAUGAAGAUGAGGACUGUGAGUUUGUCCUAACUAUCAGGUACCUGCUUUUGUGAUGCCACAGGCAGGAAGUUUCCACAGGGUUUGAGUGAGAAGGCAUCACAUGGACGUGCUUCAGUGUGUCAAAGCAAACAUUAUAUUCCAGAAUUGUAUAAAUUAAAAACUGUGAUUUUAAUGCUAAAGCAGUUUUUUUAUUUUUUAUUUUACAAAGUUUAAUAUUUGAAUGAUGAUUUCUAUAUUCCCUUAUUUUAAGGGUUAUGGGGAGGCUGGAGCCUACUCUAGACAAAAGUCCCCUUCAUGUUGUGGGUGCUAACUACUAAUCACUUCACCACCAUGCCACCCUAUUUUUUUCUAGUGUCUGUCCUUUUCUUUUUUUAUUUUUCAAAAAUGCUUUUGAAUUAUUGGCAUACUGUCACAGUGAUUUAUUGUUAACCACAUUUUGAUGAUGUAAAGUGAAUAAUACCACAAGCACAUUAAUCUUUUAUCCUGUUCCAAAAAUAUUAGUGCAAAAUAUGCAAAGAUUGAUGUCCAAUAUCUCAUUUGGGAUUUUUUGUGAUUAUAUAAUAUGGCAAAAUAGGAAUCUUGGCAACCUGUAGUUUCCUUACUAUUAUUACAAAAACUCUUACCAGGAAGUUCUGUUUGCAAAACGUUUGCUUUUGAUUUAUAUGUUAAAUGUGUCUCUGGCGAGGUCAGCAAUGACGCCUGCCAAGACAUAUGGAUUAGCUGAUCUGGCACUGCUAGGGUAGCGCUGGACCGGCUCCAGGGUCUAACUCAGGUCAGGCUGAUGAAGCUGAAUGGAUGCAGUCAGAAAAUGCAGUAGGCACAGUGCUCUGACAGGCUGGAGUGCUUUGGUAUCUGCACACAGCUGUCUUGCAUAAAGUCCUCUUCCAAACAUUCCUCCUCCCUCCCUGCCUCCCUGAAGGAUCCCUGUGCUGGUCAGUGCAGAAGAGCUGGGCUUUUCUUUAAAUCUGUCCUCAGAUGGCUUCUUUUCAUCCACAAGCUCAAUGGGUUUAACUUCAUACCCUCACAUAACCAUGCUGUCAUUGUUAACAUGCUUUCCGAGUUGGCUGAAUCUUAAUCAUGUCAUGUAACUGGGCCUGUGAUUGAAAGCAUUUGCGAUUAAAUGCUGUUUGAACAAUAAUGCAAUAAAUGUUUAUGAGGAACCAUAUCAUACCUUGGGGUACUUCACUAAUAUAUUUCUGUUCCCCUACUAUCUUUGAAAUCGUUUAGUUCAUACACAUACUUUCCUGUGAU